AUGAUACUAGCCAUUACGAUCGGCCUGGCCCAGCUCUCCUUAGUUCAGGGUAAGCCAAACAAUGCUGUAUGCAGGGAAAUUGAAGCUCAAUUACCGGGCAAGGUUUCUUAUCCCUCUAGCACGAUAUUCAAAGACUCAUUGUCGUCGUACUAUUCUGGCCAGGAGGAAGAACUUGUACCAGAAUGCAUAUUUUCCCCGCAGAACGCAUUGGACGUAUCAAGGUUCAUAAAGGUUGUCACAAAAGACACAGACUCCGGCACCCGGAUACCAUUCGCUAUCCGAAGCGGUGGUCAUGCUGUUUUCUCUGGGGCAGCAAAUAUACAUGACGGCAUUACGGUGGAUUUGCGGGGCUUGGACUCCGUUCAUCUCAGUGAAGAUAAAACCAUAGCAUCCAUUGGCGGCGGGGCAGUUUGGCAUAAUGUAUAUCCUAAACUGGUACCUCAUAACCUGACCGUAAUGGGUGGUAGGGUAUCUGGUGUAGGUGUUGGUGGAUUCCUAACUGGAGGUGGCAUUAAUUUCUUAUCAAGAAAGCACGGCUGGGCAUGCGAUGAUGUAGUGUCCUACGAAAUAGUGCUAGCAAAUGGUGACAUUGUCGAGGCGACAGGAGACUUGAACUCAGAUUUAUGGCUAGCUCUUAAGGGUGGUUCGAACAAUUUUGGCGUGGUCACACGGUUCGAUCUCAAAACAAGGCCGCUUUCAAGAUUAUGGGGAGGUGAUAUUAUUUGGGGUUACUCUCAGGCCGUUCUGGAUGCGCAAGCUCAUGCAUUUAGCAACUUCAUGAAACCCCAAAACUUUGACGACGCUGCAAGUCUGUUUGUUGCAUUGAUACAUCAGAAGCCGGACCAGAAGAGCGAUGGUUUUUUCGCAGUUGGUAAUGUCAUAUUCUACACCAAAGAAAUUGCCGACCCGCCUAUCUAUCAACCCUUCACGUCAAUUUCCUCACCACUUCAGAGUAGAUUGCGGCUCACAAAUACCAGCGACUUGAUCUGGGACCAAGCUGGAACACUCCCGCCACAUGCCAAGCGGUCCCUCAAUAUGGUCUAUUCAUUUCGCAAUCCAGACUCACGCGUAUAUAAGGAAAUCUUCCGUAUCUGGGAGCACGGGGCCAAAUCACUAGAUCAAGUAGAUGGAUUGCUACUGAUGCUUCUAAUUCAACCACACCCUGUUUCAACCGGUCAGAAUUCCCUGGGUCUUCCACCGGGACAGAAGGAUCUCGUACUAGCAGUUAUAACGGUAGCCUAUUCGCAUACCAAGGAUGACGCUAUAGUUCGUGCUGCCAUCCAGGGCAUCAUCGAUCAACAGGAGGAAGUAUUGCAGAACGAAGGUGUAUAUAUCCCGUGGAAGUAUCUCAACUAUGCAGAUAACCUGGCGCAAGAUCCCAUCGCCAGCUACGGAGAAGAUGUCAAAAAAUGGUUGAGGGCGGUAAGCGUCAAAUUUGACCCAAAAGGUGUAUUUCAGUCUGGUGUGCCUGGUGGAUUCAAGCUGUUUGGUACCAACGAGGCUGAGACAAAACCGGGCUCGGUCCGUGAUGAGCUAUAG